AAUUAUUACUUGACCCUUCCUCAGAUAAGAUAAUACGACAUUAUUCAGCCACUUGCAUACGAGCUAUCAAAAUAAAAUGAACAUCACUUAACCAAACAUUAAAAUGAAAAUCAGUGAAAUUGUGUUUUUAUUUUCAAUUUUCAUAAACACUUCAAUUCAAAUUUACGUGCCCGACAAUGAGCAAAACCACAAACCCCUCACCUACACCUCUGGAAUCAAAACCACCUCAUACCACAAACCCCAACUUCAGGUGCACCACAAUUACAGUCGAGUUUUCCACCAAAACUACGACUACUCCCGAAGAUACACCGACAGUGACGAAACGUCGCAACGGCCAUAUCCCGUCUACAAGCCAACAAACGAGCAACUGAACCAAAUCUACGUCCUCAAUGGCACCAGAAUACGCAAAAACGAGAACCCAACACGUAAAAUAGUCAUUUACAACAAACAAAAACGCACACCAAAAGUCGAAAUUUACAAAGCUUGUCCGAAAAAUGCAACUGGACAGUUUGUGUACGAAGCCUCCUGUAACCAGUACCUCAACUGCUGGAAAGGCCGAGGUUAUGUGCAAAAUUGCGCCCCUGGAACACUCUUCAACCCCAAAACCCUUGAGUGUGAUUUUCCCGAAAAAGUUUACUGUAUUAGUGGCCCACGACAGUCGAUUUUACGGCAGGAAAAAUCAGCCAAAAUCAAACAAAUCGGUUGUCCGAAAGAAUUUUCCGGAUUGAUCCCAAACUACACUGAUUGUUCCAAAUUCAUUAACUGUGUCAGUGGAAUUGAGAAUUUUAUGGACUGUCCACCCGGUACUCUCUUCGACAUUAACAAAAAUAUCUGUGAUUUUCCAUACAAAGCCACCUGUUUCAACGGAAAAAAUCACCAGGAAAUCAACAGCAAGCUUGAUUUUGCCAAAACUAGUUCCCGGUAUACACAAGAAGGGCAACUGUCGUACCGUCACAACGAAGUACGAUGUCCUUAUGGUUCGGAUGGAAUUCAUCCGCACCCAAAUGAUUGUUCCAAGUUUCUCAAUUGUGCGAAUGGAAUUACUUACAUCCAGGAUUGUUCCCCGGGGACGCUUUUUAAUCCCUUGUUGAAAAUAUGCGACUUUCCGUACAAUGUCAGAUGCCAGAAUAGUACCAACUCGGGGAUCACGGUCAUAGACUAUGACGCAGGGUACUAUGGAGGGAACCAUUCAAGAAUUCAGACUUUUGGUUCAAUUGACAAUCAGCAAGAAACAAGGUCUAAUGGUUAUGGGCAGUACGACCAAGACAGAAACUGGCAAACAGGAGGUACCACGCGGUACCAUGGUGGUACUUAUGGUAACAGAAGGCCGGGAACAUAUGGUGGUACUUACUAUGGAUCAACAAACCUGUAUGAAUCUGGUACAAACCAGUAUGAAUCUGGUACUGACUAUUAUGAUGGUACUACAAUUCCAUUUAACCAACCAAACUACCACAGCAGUUCCACCGAUCGGUACAAUAGUUACUAUGGAACCAAACAGCAAGGAACAAAUUAUUAUAAUCAAAAUUCGGGAUCGCGCCGACCAAAUCAGUACCAUUCUGGUACAAGUGGACAAUAUGCACCUGUAUCAGGUGGGCAAAACUAUAACCCACCAAGUUCGUUUAGACCAAAUCAGUACCACAAUGGACAAUACGAAAGUGAAUAUGAAGGUUCUACCCUUAGAAAUGGUUAUUCUACUAACGACUGGGGACCAGUUUAUGACGGUUCCACGGUUCAAAAUGGUUGGGGACAAACUGAACAAGACAAUCGAGGGUAUGGUGGUACUUAUCCAGUGCCAAACUACAACAAAGGUUCCACAUGGGAGGGACCAAGACCAUAUUCCACUAGUCAAAGUUCGUGGUACAACCAAGACCAAGAUCAGACAUACAACCAUAAUACAAAUGGUUACAAUAAUUACGGUACCAUCGGAUCAGAUUCGCAAAGACCAGACACGUACCACCAAAACUCAGGAACCAUUGGGUCAGAUACAUACAACACCAAUGGGAACCAAAACUCCUAUCGUGGAACCUUUGGAUCAAACAGGGACUCAGGUUACCAAAGACCAGAAACAUACGAUGGUUCAGAUAGAGACUCAGGAACCUUUGGAUCAAACAGGGACUCAGGUUACCAAAGACCAGAAACAUACAACACCAAUGGGAACCAAGACACCUAUCGUGGUACCAUUGACUCAAGUUACCAACGACCAGAAACAUACAACACCAAUGGGAACCAAGACCCCUAUCGUGGAACCAUUGACUCAAGUUACCAAAGACCAGAAACAUACAACACCAAUGGGAACCAAAACCCCUAUCGUGGAACCAUUGACUCAGGUUACCAACGACCAGAAACAUACAACAUCAACGGGAACCAAAACUCCUACCGUGGAACCAUUGACUCAGGAACCUUUGGAUCAAACAGAGACCCAGGUUACCAAAGACCAGACACUUCCAACACCAAGAGGAACCAAAACUCCAAUCGUGGAACCACAUAUAUCGUACCAACAGCUUCCAACCGAGAAACGUGGUACCACCAAAACCCACUAGAUGUGGAAACCAACACUCCGAAUUACGACCAAGUGGUUAACAUCAACCAAAUGCGAAAAACCACCCGGAAACCAUUUUAUGGUUCCACCAAUCAGCCACAUUACAGCCACGAAUUCAACGAUUACGAUGAUACUUUUGGUGCUGGCCACAGUAAUAAAUACACAAGAGCCACAACACCGAAAAUUUUCGAAAAAAAUUGGCCUCCGCCCUUCCCCUCAACAGACGUAAACGCCGACUAUGUUUUCGAAGACGAAGAAGAAGGAGAAGUGACUCUAGAAGCGGAAAAUUCAAUCAGAAAUGGGCCUUCACGUGAUGGUGAUUGUGGCAAAAGUGAUUUUCGUUGUUCUGCCAGUAAGUGUGUUCCAAAAACUUUGGUCUGUAACGGUUUUAAAGACUGUCCUGAUGGUACCGACGAAAUCGACUGUCUUGACUACAUCUCGAAAUUCUCCAAGAAGCAAAACAGCAAACUUGCAGUUCUUGAGAAAGAAAGAUGGGAUAAUGUCAGUGUUGCCACUUGUGCCUUGUUAUGUGUCCAGUCAAAGGAACAUCACUGCCGAUCGUUCAAUUACCGAAAGAUUGACAAAACGUGUUUUUUGACCAACACUAAUGAAGGUCUAACGGGCGCUUUAAUCCUGUAUUAUCCCUUCGAUUAUUACGAACUGACCAGCGAAAAAAUCAACUGCAGUGGCAUGUACAUUUGCAACAACAAAAAAUGCAUAAUGAGGGAAAAACUGUGCGAUGGUCAUGACGAUUGUGGCGACCGCAUGGACGAGAAAGGAUGCAAGUCUGAGGAUUUUGGUUACAGUGUUCGCUUGACGGGAUCUAAGAACAGAAAUGAAGGGCAAAUUGAAGUUAGGGCGUUUGGAAGGACAGGAUACGUGUGUGAUGAUAAAUUUGGACUGAGGGAUGCUAAUGUUGUGUGCAAGGAGUUGGGUUUUUCUUUAGGCGCCGCUGAAGUUAAGGGAAACUCGUUCUAUGCGAAAAAUGUGACGGGAAAACCGUUUUAUAUGAUGGAUGAUGUUAGUUGUGUGGGGAACGAGACCAAGUUAAUGGAUUGUGAUUUUAGUGGGUGGGGAGUUCACAACUGUUUGGAACAGGAGAGUGUGGGAAUAGUUUGCAAAACUCCUCAAGAAAAAUGUGCCGACGACUAUUGGCAAUGUGACACCGGACAAGAAUGUCUUCCUCUGGCUUUUGUCUGUGAUGGAUUACUUGACUGCACUGAUGGUUCAGACGAAGGAAGUCAGCACUGUGAUGCCCCUACGGAGAUUCGCCUGGUCAAUGGGACAAACCGCCAACAAGGCCGCGUGGAAAUCCGCCACCACGGCAUCUGGGGCACCAUCUGCGACGACGACUUCAACGAGGACGCCGCCAAAGUCAUUUGCAAACAUUUGGGCUUCAAAGGCUCGGUCGUUGUGAAAAAAGACGGCUAUUUCGGAGCCGGCUCUGGACCGAUUUGGUUGGAUCAAGUGAUUUGUUCGGGAAAUGAGACAAGUAUUGAAAAUUGCACUCAUUGGAACUGGGGGGAGCAUAACUGCGAACACAGCGAGGAUGUGGGGGUUAUUUGCAGUAAUUUUUACGAACAUGAGAGGCAUUCGAUGAUUCCGAUACCCACCAUACCACAGACGUAUCCUGAUAGAUGUGGAUAUCGCAAAAACAACAUUUUCAACCGAAACGACGACGUCCACUUCCGUGUAGUUCGCGGAUCCGUCGCCCAAAGGGGUGACUACCCCUGGCAGGCUGCCAUCCGUGUCAAGGGCAAAAGCAAAGCCGCCCAUUGGUGCGGUGCUGUAAUUAUUUCCGAAAAAUUUGCCCUAACAGCAGCCCACUGCCUCAUCGGCUACUCCAAAGGGGCUUACGUGGUGGUCGCAGGCGACUAUAACGUCGACGAGUACGAAGGGACCGAACAAGAAGCCUACAUUGAAGAUUUUUAUCUCCACGAAAAUUUCCGCCAAGGCCAUAAAAUGAACAAUGACAUUGCACUGAUCAAGUUGAAAGGCCGCGGAUUCAGGCUGAACGAUGACGUCCAAGCGAUUUGUUUACCAGAUUCCGAUACGAACUACGAGACCGAUCUGAACUGUACCAUAUCUGGUUAUGGGUCCAUUGAAAGUGGAAAAUCUGCCUUUUCGCAUGAUUUGAGAGCUGGGUGGGUUCCACUGCAAAAACGCGAAAUUUGUACCAUGCCCCAUGUGUAUGGGGACGCUUUGACCGAAGGGAUGAUUUGCGCUGGGUCCUUGGACGAAGGGAUUGAUUCGUGCGAUGGUGACAGUGGAGGGCCUUUGGCUUGUUUAUACGACGGUGUUUUCACUUUGUAUGGAAUCACGUCCUGGGGACAACACUGUGGAUACGCUAAUAAACCUGGAGUCUACGUCAAAAUAGCGCAUUACAAGAGGUGGAUUGACGAGAAUUUCCAUAAGCAUUCGCUAAAUUAACUUAGUUAUGUAGUUUAAGUAGGUGAUAAGAAUAAUUAUUGUAACAAUUGGUUAUGUAAAUAAAUGAAAAUUCGGACAA